GGAACCCGAACACACCAAGAAUCACAUUUCCGGCUUCCGCGCCGAAGAGAACCGACGUUUACUGGAAGCACUUGAACGCGGCGGAACGUUACCAUCAAUCCCGAGGCAAGGAAGAGACGAGAUGCAGACCAUAAAGUGUGUGGUGGUGGGUGACGGUGCCGUGGGAAAGACGUGCCUCCUCAUCUCCUACACCACCAACAAGUUUCCCUCUGAAUACGUCCCCACGGUCUUCGAUAACUAUGCGGUGACGGUGAUGAUCGGCGGGGAGCCGUACACUCUGGGACUGUUUGACACCGCAGGUCAGGAGGACUACGACCGGCUGCGACCUCUCAGCUACCCUCAGACCGACGUCUUCCUCGUCUGCUUCUCCGUCGUGUCUCCUUCCUCCUUUGAGAAUGUCAGAGAGAAGUGGGUGCCGGAGAUCUCGCACCACUGCCCGCGGACGCCGUUCCUGCUGGUCGGCACUCAGGUGGAUCUGAGAGACGACAGCAACACUCUGGAGAAACUGGCCAAGAACAAACAGCGAGCUCAGAGCUGCGAGAGCGGAGAGAAACUCGCCCGAGAGCUGAAGGCCGUCAAAUACGUGGAGUGCUCGGCUCUCACGCAGCGGGGACUGAAGAACGUGUUCGACGAGGCCAUCCUGGCCGCUCUGGAGCCUCCGGACAACAAGCCCAAGAAGCGCUGCGUCCUGCUAUAGACGGGCAGCUCGGGGGGGCCGGGGGGGCUUCGGGGGGGGUAGACGCAUGUUUUACGCAGUGCCUUCAGCCGUAGUGACUUAACACACGUGUGGUGUUGGAGGAGACGGACAUCAUUAUAUAUUAUAUUACAUCGUGACUAACGCGUGUGAGCGACACUCCUCACUAACAUUAAACAACAGGGAAGCGAUUUUAGGAAGGGGGCGGGGCUAAAGAGCUGAGAGGUUUUUGGUCCGUGAUCGAGGAUAUUAAAACUCCUGGUGAAACUGUUCCAAAAUAUUCAUGCCAGGAUUUUAUAGAAUGCAGAAAGUGUUAAGAGAGUUUAUUAUUAUGGGGGCUGAGGUUCAACAAAACGAGAAAUAAAACUUUCAUUAACAAUCAUUAAAAUAAUAAAAGGGGAAAAUUGAGGCAGAUGAAGUCAGUAAAAGUAACGACAUUCUUGCUGCACCAAUGAUCUUUGUUUAGGAGCCAAAACAAACCGACGCGGAGGAGCAACAACGUGAUUGGUCGAUACACAUUUGCCGUGCGAGCGCUCCGAAGAACGGCGUAGAAGUGUCUUGUGAUACAAACGGCAGUCGGUUAAAACAUAUUGAUGCGCGAAGGCCUUUUAGAUUAAUGGCGUCUUCGACGUCCGUCCCGCUGAGACAUCCGACAAAAGGACGCUCCAUGUCGCACGAAAACUUGCCAAAUGCCAAACUUCACCUCGUAUAUUCAAUUUAAUUCGCUGUGUCUUCCAGCAGUCGACUUAACUGCCUUUUUAAAUGUCCAUCAACGCUGCCGCGAUGCUUGAAUCCAGUUAAAUGCGCGUUUUCAAUGGGCCUUCGUUAGGAAACUGGUACUAAUGGCGACCAGCUCUUCACCUCCUCCUCCUCUUCCUCCUCCUCCCACAUAGACACUUUGUCGGUGGGACGUCACCUCUGACCCUGUUUACAGUGGACGUCGUUAAAGAGCAAACGUUUCACACUCCGCCCCCUCACUGCGUUGCUCGGGGGGGUAAAGUCCGGUCGCCGCCAUCGAUGGGUUCUUCUCCAUAAAUUGAUUUACGUUGCUCAAUGAACCGGCACCACUAACUGGUUCUGAUGAUGAUAUAUUUUUGGUAACUGGAUUAUAUUUCCUGUUUCAAUCAGCCCGGAGCAAAAGGAAAAUUACUUAAACGCUCAAACUGAGAAUAUUCCCCAUUAAAAUGAAACUAAAACUCCACUUUCCUAAUUAUAUUUUCUUGUUUUGGAGAUUCUGAUGGAUGAUUAUAAGUAUUAUAUAUAUUUCUUUUAUUGUUUCUGGGUGCGGUCUUAUUUUAGCUGUUUCGAGGAAUUUCUUUUUAGAUAUUUUUUUAUUAUUACUUGACGGUUGAGUGCCAACAGUUUGAGAACAAUUCUUAAUAAGAGCUGAAGCAAUAAUGACACAUGUGCAGAGAUUAAUGUUGGAGCUGUUGGGUGUUUGCAAAUAAUAAAAACAGUACUUGAAUGUUGUUUUUCUUUUCUGCUUAUUUUCUCCCAUUCUAUUAUGUCUUAUUUUACUUGGAAUAAAUCAACAACAAUGCCUCAAACAUUUAUUUAAAAAAAGUAAUGAUUUAGUGAUUGAGGGACAUAAUAAUAAUACUGGCAGAUUUAGAAUUUUCAAUCAUUUCUUUUCACAGUAAUGAAAGGGCAACAUUUUAUCUUAGUCUUUCAUCUAUAGACUUAUUAUUAAUGUAUAAAACAGUUUAACUGAAAGCUUUUGUAUUUUUUCAAACUGCUGUUUAUGUUGAUAAAGCUAAUUCAUUUUUUCUAACCGGCUUGUUACGUUAAUAUUUCUGAGGAUUAUCAAACAAUUACACGGAGUCCCGACCGAUAUUUAUCUUUGUAUCUUUAAAUCUUCACCAGAUCCCCUCUUUUCCUUUAUCCAUUUCACAAUACAUUUAAUAAAUGAUUUGAUCAAA